AUGAUUAGUCUAAUUUUCCCAACAUAUGAUGAGUUAACAUUUUUCAAUUUCACACAGACUCGCCUUCAGCAGCCUCAGUCGGACUCGAGCUCAGGUCGUGGUAGCGCAGCGUCUAUUCUCGACGCAUUAACUAUUUUGCCAAAUAGCCGCAAGUGCCCUUGGGUUAGAGCGCGGAUGCAAAUUUCAACGAAGCCCAGACAUUCUGCCAUAUCCAAUGUUGUGGUGGGAUUGUCGAUGAAGUCGUUGGUGUCGAGAUUUUAUGCUGCACUACCACAAACCGGGUUCGAGCUAGCUGGGGGUGCUGAUGAGACCAGUCGAGACGAGGUUGAAACUGUAGUCCAUUCCUGCUUGGAAGGGAUAAUCGUUUGGCAAUGCAAAACUUGGCAAAAUGCAAGGGAAGCGUAA